AUGUUUGAUGAUCCAAGUCGAUUGCGUCUCCCAUUCAUUUGUGCCUUCGAUUUCGUCGAAACUGACCAUGUCUCUUCACUGGAUUUCAGAUCCAACUACGCUUAUGAGAUGAUCUUACAUCUGGUUAGCUGGAUUUCACUGAAAACUGUAAUAUGUCAUAGGACUUUAACAAAUGGAUGGAUUCGUGCUCCCACCUCUACACUCACUGAAACGGCAACGUGUUUAGAGUUCCUUAACGGAUCGGUCAGAUACGCUCUGUUUGGAGUCUGCUCAGGAAGAUGUGGUGUUAUGAAAUCUAAGUGA